AUGGCUCUUGCUGACUAUGACCGCUUCACGCUCCUGGCUGUAGGCGUGCCCGUUGCUUUCGUGAUAUACUCCGCCCUCGUAGCCAUCUACCGCCUCACCCUCCACCCGCUGGCCAAGUACCCAGGACCACUGCUAUGGCGCAUAUCCCCAAUUCCAAGCAUCUACUAUCUCCUCACCGGCCGCAUCUCCUUCCAAUACAAGCUCCUGCACGACCAAUACGGCCCCGUCGUGCGCGUCAUGCCCAACGAGCUGGCCUUCAACACGUCGCGCGCCUUCGAAGACAUCUACGGGCACCGCGUCGGCCUGCCCAACAUGGAGAAGGACCCCAUCCACGUCGGCGCCGUCGAGGCGAUCCCCGGCGCGACCAACCUGACCAUGGCGCCCGAGGCGCACCACGCGCGGCAGCGGCGCGCGCUGGCGCACGCCUUCAGCAAGCAGGCGCUGAUGGAGCAGCAGCCGAUCCUGCUGGGCUAUGUGGACCUGUUUGUGAAGCGGCUGCGGGAGCACGCGCGGGCGGACAAGGCGGUGAACAUGGUGUCCUGGUUCAACUUUGCGACGUUUGAUAUCAUUGGGGAUCUGAGUUUUGGCGAGCCGUUUGGGUGUUUGGAGCAAGGCGAGGGCAGCGAGUCGGCCAAUUGGGUUGUCCUCAUCUACGAGAGUAUCAAGUCCGGAGCUAUCGAGCAAGCUACGCGCCGGUUUGCGAAGCCUGGAUCCCUGUCGCAGCAGUUCCUGCUAUGGUGCAUUCCGAGUAUUGUGCGCCAGCGACGUGUGCAGCACUUGACGAACUCGAGGGAAAAGGCACUCCGACGGAUGGCGACAAAGACUGAGCACAGGGACUUCCUUUGGUAUGUUCUGAAGCAACGAGAGAAGAAGAACGAAGUGUCUGAUGACGAGGUGAUCAUGAAUUCCGCGCUGUUUAUUGUUGCUGGGAGCGAAACCACUGCGACGCUGCUUUGCGGUCUGCUGAACCAUCUAAUCCGGAACCCGCCCAUGCUGGAUAAACUCAAGAAAGAAAUCAGGGAUGCCGUAAAAACGCCCGAAGAUCUAGUCAUGGAGAAUGUAGGAGAGCUGAAGUGGAUGAAUGCGUGUAUCGAAGAGGGCCUGCGAAUCUUCCCGCCUGUUCCCAUUGGGCUGCUAAGAACCGUCCCGGAAGGGGGGUCGGAUGUGGACGGACACUUUAUCCCUGAAGGAACAUCUGUCUGUGUGAGUUCGUGGGCCGCAUCGCACAACCCGAAGAACUUCGUCGACCCCGACACGUUUAUCCCGGAGCGCUGGCUGGACUCCAAGUACGACAGCGAUGUCAAGAAGGCGUCCCAGCCAUUUUCGCUCGGCCCUAGAGGCUGCAUUGGACGUAACUUGACUUAUGUGGAGCUCCGACUCAUAAUGGCUGCUUUGCUGUGGAACUUCGAUGUUGAGUUUGCAGAUGGCGCACCGCUUUGGAGCCCCGCGAAUGAGUAUGCGGGGCUGCGGGCAUUCAAUACGUGGGAAAAGAGUCCGUUGAUGAUCAAGUUGACGGAUAUCAGGAACUGAGCUGCGGAGAGAAGCUAUUGGGAUGCGGGCUAAUGUCAAUUUCCAUACACGGCGUGUAUAUUUUGGAUGAGUAGAUGGUAGAUCGUUGAGGGUCUGUGAAUACAUAUUGAUAACUACGAGCUUAGAAAUAGGAAAGGGUUAUAGAUCAAUCAAAUCUUCAUGGAAUCACCUUAGCCUUCCUCAUUCUGUCAAAUGUGAGCUUCCAUGACUCCUUCGUGCCUGUGUUGACGGUAUAUCCGACGUUGUGGCUAGCCGUCAUAUCCAUUUGACGAUCGAAGUUGAACAAUGACAUUAUAAAGUACUGGAAGCCAGGAUGCGUGAUAUCGCUAUCAACCGACCCCUUCUUCAGCCCCUCCUUCUUCUCC